AUGGCCAAGAUUCGUGUUAGUAAGAGACAUCUACGGUUCUCAUUGCUUCUGGGGACCAUCAUAACACUAUUAAUAGUUUCAUUACGAGGUACCACUACCACGUCAUCGAAAAAUCCAAAGGAACUCCCGCUCAAGGAUAACGCCAAAACUAGCAGCAGUGGCGGGGGGUUAAUACCUUCAUUUUCCAACGGGUUUAAUUUUUUGGGAAGCAAUGAUGAUGAUGAUGCUACGAAUGGUGAUAAGAGUGCCAUUCUUCCCGAAUAUGAUUUUUUUGGUAAUACUAUUGAUUAUUCACAGUAUAUCCCCCAGGGAGGUAACUAUUCCAAUAUGACCGUUUCUGAUUUCAGUGAAGAGGAAUUAUUAAGUUUCAAAAAGGAAUACGAUGAUGAAAUACUUUCUCAAAAGGAGGCACGUCGUCUCAGUUGGAGAGAAAAAUUCAUUAAGGAUAAGACUAAAGGGUAUGGUGGACCAGACACGUUAGAGAGUAACAUGGUUGUAUCUUGGGCUAACAAGGGGGAGAAACCCAAGGCUUGUCUUCUUGCUGUGGUGGAAGAUGAUGAUAUGGAAGGUAUUUUAAAAUCAAUUAACGAGAUGGAGGAUAAAUUUAAUAGAAAGUUCAAUUAUCCUUGGGUUUUCCUCACGAGGGAGGGGUUGAAUGAAGAAUUCCAAAGGGCUCUUAAUGAAACUUUGAGAGUGGAUUAUAAGAUUGCAUUUAUUCCUGAUGAAUAUUGGGAAUACCCUGAUUUUGUUGAUCAGGAUAAGGCAGAAGAGGAGAAGAUUAAGAUGGCUGGUUUACCGCUUGGUGAUUCAUUAAAUUUUAGGUUUAAGAGUAGAUACAUGGCCGGGUAUUUUGCUAAGAAUCCUGUGUUUGAUGAAUUUGAUUGGUAUUGGAGAAUUCAACCAAAUAUGGAAUUGAGAUGUAAUGUGGAUUAUGAUGCGAUCAGAUGGUUACAGGAUCAUGAAAAGGCGUAUGGAUUUUUCAUUUCUUAUGAGGAUGAUAAUAAUUUGGUGAGGGAUAUUUGGGACCCCGUGAAGAAAUUUCAAGAGGAAAAUAAGGAUUUGAUUAAUAAGAAGAAUUUCAAGAAUUUAAUUACCAAUGAUGAUGAUAAGUAUAAUUCGUGUACGUUUUGGUCAGAGGGUGAAAUUGCCAAUUUAAAUUUUUUCAGAUCAUCGCAAUAUGAUAAAUUUUUGCAACAUAUGGAUAGGACUGGUGGAUUUUUCUAUCAUAGAUGGGGGGAUGGACCUAUUCAUUCCAUUGCAUUAUCGUUAUUAAUUGGUAGAGAUCGUAUUAAUUUUUUCCAAGAUGUUGGAUAUUUUGCUGAACCAUAUGAAAAUUGUCCCAUUGAUAAUACAUUUUGGAGUGAAGCUGAUUGUCAUUGUGAUCAAGGUAAUGAUUUUACUUGGGCCAAGAAAUCAUGUACAAAGAAAUAUUUUGAAAUUAUGGAAUGGAAAAAAACUGAUGGUUGGGAUAAACGUGAUUGA